AUGGGCGGAGGCAGUGGAGGCAGCCAGUCUGAGGCUGGACUAAAGUUUGUGGCAGGGAUUGUGGGCGGACUGGCAGUGGUUGUGUGCGGACACCCCAUCGACACCAUCAAGACUCGACUUCAGGUCGGCACGUACGCAGGCGAUGGCGCCGCUGGCGCAUCGAGCUCGGUCCUGGGCACGCUGAGAGCGACUGUGAGGCAAGAAGGCCUGCGUGCACUGUACAAGGGCGUCGGCUCGCCGCUGACGGCGACGCCGCCCAUCUACGCCAUCUCGUUUGCCACCUGGGGCUGGGCGCAAGACCGCGCCAUCAGUUGGGGCAUGACGGUCGGCGGCGACGACGCCAGCGAUGGCGACGACGACGCCACGCCGCAGCUGACCCAUGCUGGGCUGUUUCUCUCGGGCGCGUUCUCGGGCCUCUGCCAGUCAUUUGUCUGGGGUCCGAUGGAGCUGGUCAAGAAGCGGCUGCAGGUGCAGACGGCGGCGCCGGGUGGCGCGGCACAGUACUCGGGCAUGAUCGACUGUGCGCGGCAGAUUGUCAAAGCUGAGGGCGUGGGCGGCCUCUACCGCGGCUUCCCAGUUGUCCUCUCGUUCUUUGUCCCAGCAUGCGGCGUGUGGUAUGGUUCGUAUGAUGUCUACAGGCGGCUGCUCAACUCGGAUCCCGAGGCGCCGUCGACGCCGGCGACACUGGCAGCCGGCGCUAUGGCGGGCAUGUCAGCGUGGGGCAUCAUGUUUCCCUUUGAUACUGUGGCGGCGCGGCUGCAGACGCAAGUUGCACCGGGCGUGCGGAGCUCGCCGGGCGCGAUCAUGCGCGCCAUCUACGCCGACGGCGGCCUCGCCGCUUUCUACCGCGGUCUCGGCCCGUGCAUGGCGCGGGGUGCCGUCGCCGACGCCGCCUGCUUCUGCGCGUACGAACUUGCGAUGCGGGCCAUGCGUUCACUAAGGGGGAAAGCGUAA